AUGUGUCGGACCCACCUUGUUAGUCUGGGCAAACAAGCAGACUGGGAUUAUUGCAGCGAUGGCAGGGCUGAGCGGUGGCAGAGACAAAAAGCGACAGGAAGCGGGCUUCUCCGGGGAAGGCCGAGUGACUGUGGGCAAAAUGUCCGCGACCUGAACCUCCAACCAGCGAAGCGUACUAGAGUCGAUAUCGCGCUGUUGGCCUGA